AUGUCAAUUCCUUUAUCAAUAGAUGUUACAUUACCUGAUGGUAAAAAAUUUAUUCAACCAACAGGAUUAUUUAUAAAUAAUGAAUUUAUUAAAUCUAAAUCUGGGAAAACUUUACAAUCAAUUAAUCCUAGUACUAGUGAAAUUAAUGGAGAAGUUUAUGCUGCUGAUAUUGAAGAUAUUGAUUAUGCAGUUGAAUGUGCUUUUAAAGCUUUUAAAUCAUGGAAAAAAUUUACUGGAGUUGAAAGAGGUCAAUAUUUAUAUAAAUUGGCUGAUUUAGUUGAACAACAACGUGAUUUAUUAGGAUCAAUUGAAGCAUGGGAUUCAGGGAAAACUAAAUCAACUAAUGCAAAUUUUGAUAUUGAUGAAUGUAUUGCAGUUAUUAGAUAUGCUGCUUCAUGGGCUGAUAAAAUUACGGGGAAAGUUAUUCAAAAUGAUCCAAAAAAAUUUGCUUAUACUAUUCAUGAACCUUGGGGGGUUUGUGCUCAAAUAGUUCCUUGGAAUUAUCCUUUACUUAUGUCAAUGUGGAAAAUUCCUAUUGCUAUAGCUGCUGGUAAUACUGUGAUUUUAAAAACUAGUGAAAUUACUCCAUUAAGUAUGUUAUAUUUUGCUCUGUUGAUUAAACAAGUUGGAUUUCCUCCUGGAGUAAUUAAUAUUGUUUCAGGAUUUGGAUCUACUGCUGGUGCAGCAUUAGCUUGUCAUAAAAAAAUUUCUAAAAUUGCUUUCACUGGAUCUACUGCUACAGGGAAAAUCAUUCAAAAAUUGGCAGCGGAAAAUUUAAAAGCAGUGACUUUAGAAUGUGGAGGGAAAUCUCCUUUAAUUAUUAGAUCAGAUGCUGAUAUUGAUCAAGCAAUUAAAUGGAGUGCUAUUGGAAUUAUGAGUAAUCAAGGUCAAAUUUGUACUUCAACAUCAAGAAUUUAUGUUCAUGAAUCAAUUUAUAAUAAAUUUAUUGAAAAUUUUAUUAAUCAUGUUAAAUUGAAUUAUAAACAAGGUGAUGUUUUCAAUGAUGAAGCUAUAGUGGGACCUCAAGUAUCUAAAUUACAAUAUGAUAAAAUUUUAAAUUAUAUUGAUAUUGGUAAAAAAGAAGGAGCAAAAUGUGUUCUUGGAGGUGAAAAAAAUAUUGAAGGAGAAUUAUCUAAAGGAUAUUUUAUUAAACCAACUAUUUUCGUUGAUGUUAAACCGGAAAUGAGAAUUGUUAAUGAAGAAAUUUUUGGUCCAGUUGUUGUUGUUGGUAAAUUUUCAACUGAUGAAGAAGUUAUUAAUUAUGCUAAUCAAACCGAUUAUGGAUUAGGAGCAGCAAUUUUCACUAAAGAUAUUACUGCUGCUCAUAAUAUGGCUAGUGAUAUUGAAGCAGGAAUGGUUUGGAUUAAUUCAUCAAAUGAUUCUGAUUAUCAUAUACCAUUUGGUGGAGUGAAAAUGUCUGGUGUUGGUAGAGAAUUGGGUGAAUAUGGUUUAAAUAUGUAUACUCAAGCUAAAGCAGUUCAUGUUAAUCUUGGAACUAGGUUAUAA